AUGAUUAUGGGCACCAAAUUAUGUGAGAUCUUGAUCACUUAUGAAAAUAUUGAUACAUCCUUCGUUCAAAUACGUGGUUCAGUUCCUCUCUUUUGGGAACAGCCAGGUAUCAACGUUGGUUCGCAUAAAGUAAAAUUAAGAGCGUACGAAACAUGCGUGCCAGCUUAUGACAGGCAUUUUCAUCUGCUCAAGCAAACUUAUGGAAAUAUUGUCAUUGUUAAUUUACUUGGUUCAAAAAUGGGCGAAAAAACACUUUCGGACGCUUAUAGAUUUCGACAUAAAAAUUCGGCUCAUAAUGAUGUUGAAUUUGUUGCAUUCGAUUAUCAUUCUCAAAUUAAAGCGUCAAAAACUUCGACUCGUUAUUUGAUGAAUAAAUUGAUACCUAUGCUGAAUAAAUUUUCCUUUUUUUGUUCUCGAGACGGUACAAAAUUAAAAUAUCAAAUGGGAGUUGUACGUACAAAUUGCUUAGAUUGUCUUGAUCGGACAAAUGCUGUCCAAACCCUUAUAGGUCUUCAGAUGUUACCUAGUCAGUACGACUCUCUAUCAGUUGAUAGAAUGAAAAGUAAUUUGAUUGUACGUUUUGAAGAAAUCCUUAAGGAAUUGUGGCAGAAAAAUGGCGACUUCUGUAGCGUAAUAUAUGCAGGCACAGGCGCGUUAGAAGGUAAAUCGAAGUUGAAAGAUGCUAGUCGCUCACUGGCUCGCACCAUUCAAAAUAAUUUAAUGGAUUCGACUAAGCAAGAAUCAUUCGAUUUAUUUCUUCAUGGACCCGUGAUUGGUUCACUAAUAUAUGACCAAAUCUUUGCAUUAUUACCUCGUUUAUUUUAUCACGAAUGUCAGAAUUUUGUCGAAUCCUUUGUGGAUAGCAAAAACGAAAUGGUUGAUGAAAUACCGCUAAAAUUAUUCGUUGGAACAUGGAACGUGAAUGGUGGCAAGAAUAUGUAUAAUAUAGCAUUUCGGAAUCAAACUCCCUUAUCUGAAUGGCUUUUUGAGCAUGAGGGACUUGUGGAUGUUCUCGAUGCAAAUGGUGAUUCCGAUAUAUUUGUAAUUGGAUUAGAGGAGAUAAUCGAUUUAAAUGCCUCGAAUAUAGUUAAAGCGAGCACCACAAACCAGCGGUCAUGGUGUGAUGGACUACGAAAAGCAUUAUGCGAACGUGGUAGGAAAUACGUUUUGCUUGGAAGUGAACAACUCGUAGGAGUAUGCUUAUUCGUUUUCAUAAAACCAUCGCUUUCUAGUGUCAUUCGAGACGUUGCAAUUGAUAGCGUUAAAACGGGGAUGGGUGGUGCAACUGGAAAUAAGGGAUCAGUGGCUUUGCGGCUAACUGUUUUUUCAACUUCACUAUGUUUCGUCUGUUCUCAUUUUGCCGCCGGCCAAAACGAAGUGCGCGAUCGAAAUGAUGAUUACAGAGCUGCGAUUCGAAAAAUUCAUUUUCCGAUGGGACGUGAUAUUUUAUCGCAUGAUAUAAUUAUUUGGUUGGGUGAUUUUAAUUAUCGAAUUGCGUUAACUGGUGAUCAAGUAAAGAAGGCAGUUAAAGCCGGAAUGUUUACUCAACUUGUUCCAAAUGAUCAGCUAACUCAACAACGUGCAACAGACAAUGUAUUCGUUGGUUUUAAUGAGGGUGAACUAAAAUUUGCUCCAACUUACAAAUAUGAUACCUUCAGUGACGAUUAUGAUACAUCAGAAAAAUGUCGAGUACCAGCUUGGACAGAUAGGAUAUUAUGGAAAGAUUCGACAAAUAACAAUACUAUCCGUUUGUUGAGUUAUGGACGGGUAGAGCUGAAAACUUCGGAUCAUCGUCCAGUCAGAGCAUUUUUUCAAUUAAGAGCUUUAAAAUUGCAUCCACUGAAAUGUGAAAAAGUUUACUAUGAUGUGAUUUCGUGCUGUGGUCCACCCGAUGCUACGAUAAUUGUCUCUGUACAUGGUCAUCCAGUAUUUCCUAUUCAUUUUUGUAAUUUAGUUGAAAAAAGAUUGUCAGAAGAACUCGCUAUUAAAGUAUUGUUAAGCAAAAUAGAACAUUCCAAAUUAUGGCUUGUACUCGAAAAUGGUGAAAUGGCACUUGCUGCUCUUAGCAUGGAUGGCACAUUAAUUGACAAUUAUGAGUUAAGAGUGCAGCUUCGUUCCCCGAAUUGGAGCGAAAUAGGGUUUUCAUUGCUAAAAAAUUCUUUACAAACGAUAAACGGCUCAGAAAUUUAUGAUUAUUCAAGAAAUGAUGAUGAAUUUGAAGAUUUUGAAUUCCAAGGUAAAGUAGCAAAUUUCAUGCAAAUUUUGCCAUUUAAUACUAUUAUUUUUUUGACGCUGAUUUGUGAAAAUUUCCAGCGAAUUCUUUUCAAUUUAGAUGAUGAUGAAGAAACGGGCAUUAGAAAAUGUGCUUCGACAAACCAGCUGAAUUCUACUGGAAGCACCGCAGUUUCAAAUUCUACCGAUGAGCAGUUACGUGAUUUAAAUAUAUUAUCUUUGGAUUCAGCGUUUGUCAGCAACGUAUUAUCUUCAUCAUUAGCUUCAUCAAAUUUGAAUAAUGAAAUACAAAAUUCACCACAGCCACUAGUUUUUCCAAAUAGAUCUGCACGACCUCCACCUAUUUUGUCUCAUCAUCUAAAUAACCAUAUUUAG